CUCGGUUUGAUUCAAUGUCAGGCUAAACGAGGGCCGCCGAAUUUUCUAUGAAGUCAAGGCUUCUCCCGCACCCUUUUUUCCUCCUCAUACUUAGUAAGUUUUGCCCCCUCCACCCCAAGAUUUGUAUGAUCUCUACUAACAUUUUCUCAGCCUUGUUGACAUUGGGCCGCUCAAGUUUGGCUCUCAAUGGCGAUACAAGUCCUCCAUUGCACAUCGGGGCGACGAGAAUCGUUGAGUAUCCUUCGGGGUCCUCAUCGGCGGAAUUUUUGAUUGCACUCCCUUUGGGAACCGUGUCAAAAAUGGCAAGCUUCGAGCCGCAUUUCCGACACCUUGCCUGCGAUGUGAUUGAUCCCCUGUAUCGCAACGCGUCAAGGACUCAAGGGAAGCUCGGGAUAUUCCCAUCUGCACGAUUUGGAAAGAUGCAGAGGCAGAGAGGAGAAUUUCGGGUCAAAUGUACAGUAUAAUUUUUU